GUUUCUUCAUGGCCUCUGCCUCUCUCACCUUGAGAUCUUCACCUGAGAAGCUGCCUCCCUCUUUCGUCUUCACUUCAAUUCCCUCCCCUUUAAAUCUCUCUUAAAGCUGCUAACUUUCUGAGGACAUUCAGAUGGUGAAUUUAUGAAAGUUUUCUUUCUUGCUUUUUCAUAUUCAUUCACCAUUUUUCUUUAAAUGCUCUCUGUUACUCUGCUCAUACCAACACACAGCUUUUCACAACCACUCAGCAUCUCUGUCUCUGCAAUUCCUGCACUGUCCUUUAUUUAGCGUCUCUUUUUCUUCUCCAGCUCUUCUUUCUUCAAUUCAGUUUCUGAAUCCAUGGCUUCCGUCGCUCGCUCCGAUCCCAAACUCCGAAAACCUUUCCCAAAACCGCUGAUGUUGAAAGAUUUUCUGUUGGAUGACAUGAGUUCCUGCUCGUCCAACGGUUUCAAAUCGUUUCCACGGAGGCAUUGCUGCACAACCGUCCGAUAUCUUGUCGAGAAGGAUUUCAAGGCUAAAGACUCAACCAAGGCCAAGCGACUUUUAAGGAAAAGUCGAUCAAAAGCUGCGGCAUCGACCACGAUCUCCGCUUUGCAGAGAGCGUCCGAGGCCGUAAUUAACGCCGUUAAGCUCCUACCGUUCUCUUCCGUUAAGGCUCCGUCCUUUUCCGUAAAAAACCGUUCCAGAAAAGGCAUUUUGCCGAGGAGUUUCUCGCGGAAGCUGCUAAAACGGAAGUUCUGGAAGAGAACCGCAGUCGAGGAGGAAAUCGAGAUCGAAAGGUGGAAAUCGUUCAAUGACUUUCUAGAGGAAAAACAGAAAUCGUCCGCUCACAUUCGUCAUCAUUCCACCACCACCACCACCAUAGACUCAACCAGUGCAACCAGUAACAGUAACAGUUGGUCUGACGGGGAAUUUACUUUGGAUUAUUUACAAUUUUCCAGCUGUAACUCAGUGAGUUCAGGCGAAAAUGAUGCCGUUUCAAGAAAAAAAUAUUUACCGGAGAAGAUGGUCAGCAAGAGAGUAGGCGUAGCAGUCGGUGGGGAUUCCAUGGAAGCAACCUCUACCACCUGCUCAGAAAAAAAGGAGAAGGAGUGGCCAAACGAGGAGGAGAAGGAACAAUUCAGUCCGGUUUCUGUGUUGGACUGUCCAUUCGAGGAUGAAGACGAAGAUGAAGAUGAAGAGAUGUGCUCCCCUUUCCAACAUAGAGUCACUCACAUGGAAGGAACCAAACAGAAGCUUCUGCAGAAGAUUCGGCGGUUCGAGAGUGUGGCUGAACUGGAACCCGUUGACCUCGAAAAGAGAAUUGCACUUUUGGAGUUGGACGAUGAACCACUACAUCAGUCCCCCGCGCAGCCGUCAAUGUCUAUCCACCACCGCAAUAAAGACGAAAUGACCACAGAAAGACAAGCCCAAAAUCUACUCAAGCUUAUCAAGGCAGAAGUUCCAUCAGACAGCUCUAAAUUCAAUGCAGACACCCUACUGUUAGAUUUCUUUAAAGAGAGAAUCAUGGAAAGGCAUGAGAAUCCCAAUGCAGAUGAAUUCAACCAGGAGUUGCUAAGGGUAACAGAAGACUGGAUGAGUGGGCACCACAGAGACUUGUUGCUGGGAUGGGAGGUGCAGAACCACAGAAAAGCUUAUAUCAAGGACAUGGAGGAGAGAGGCAAAUGGAGAAAAUUGGAGGAAGAAAAAGAAGAGGUGGCUGCUGAAGUGCAGAGUGAGGUUUUGACUUAUCUGUUGAAUGAAAUGUUCUUUGAGCUCUCUACAACUUAGGCGAUAAAAGUGGUAAAACUCGGGGUUGUUCUCGUCAUUCAAAAGCAAGCAGUGGGCACUGGCUAGAAUGACUAAAGCCACCUCAAGGCUGCUACUUAAGUAGUUAGGCCGAUUUUGUUUUUUUUUUUUCCAUCGCAGCUGGACCAUCCAUUUUCCUUUCCUAGGAAAAAGAUGGUUAAAUUUUGAAAUAUUUGGAGAACACGGGGUUGUCCAUUUUUUAUU